GUUAGCUUUGGGGGUACUCAGAGUCAAACCGGCCCGGCCUGGUCAAACUUUCAGCAAUGGAGGUCUCUGCAACCAAUGUGGGCGGGAUCAUGCAGGGGAUUGUAGGCAGCCACCCAGGGUCUGCUAUAACUGUAACAAACCUGGGCAUUUUGCCAGAGAAUGCCCAUGGAGAGGCGGACAAGGGAUGGCUCGGUCCGAGCAAUCUGUCCGUGGUGGUGGAGCGAGAACUCAUGCAGGACCACGGUUUGGCGGCCAGCCAAACGCUCUUUCCAAAGCCAGGGAGGACGCACUGGGCGCUUCGACCGCACCGAUCGGGACAGAGACCAGGGGCCUCCAACAGGAGGACAGCCGAGGGUUUUUGCCAUGCGAGGGAUAGAGGGAGAUCGUGGUGACGAUGGAGGGGAUGAGCAAGCAUAGUGAUGUGAUCAUGUGAAGAAAUGGGGAGACCGUGGAGGAGUAUUUGCUUUAAGCAUAAACCGCUAAUUGGUUGUUUUCUUCGAAAGACGCACUUUCAGUUUUAGUACUCGGUACCAAACCUAUUAAAUAAGUUCGGACCAAAAGUUCGAGGUCGAAAUUUUUUUCAAGGGGGAGGGAAAUGUUAUAUUCUAGCUUGAGAAGUUUUAGUCAAACACCUAAAGUUUUAGACCAAGUAAUUAUCUUUCCCGUUCUAAAUUUCAGGGACGAAAUUUUUGUAAGGGUGGAAGAAAUGUAACACCCUGGU